AUGGCGGACACAGCAGCAGCCCCCGCAACGACAGCGCCACCAGCCUCUGAGCCGCAGGAAUCGCGACCUGGGGCACAGUCGCCGCAACAACCCUUCGAAGCCGAGAACACAGUCGAGGCCGACACAGAUGACGGCGCGUCAUCACGGGCGGACGAGACGUGGGACGAGGGCUUCGACUCGGCAAGCUCUCAUUCGGCAUCGACGUCGAUGUCGGCCAGCGUGCGCGAUUAUGUCUUCGAGAACACGCGGCGGUAUCACAAGUACAUGGAAGGGCGGUACCUCCUUCCGAACGAUGAGCCCGAGCAGGACCGUGAGGACAUGAAGCAUGCGAUGUGUGUCAAUGUGAUGGAUGGCAAGCUACACAGCGCGCCGUUGGAGAAUCCGCAGAAGAUUGUUGAUAUUGGCACGGGGACGGGGAUCUGGGCGAUCGACAUCGGCGACGAAUACCCGGAAGCAGACGUGCUUGGCAUCGAUCUGUCCCCGAUCCAACCAGAUUGGGUUCCCCCCAAUGUUCGCUUCAUGAUCGAUGACGCCGAGGCAGACUGGGUUUGGCCCGAGAACUCACUCGAUUUUGUGCACGCGCGGCACAUGUGCAUGGCUAUCAAGAACUGGCCUGGACUCCUCUCAGAAGCCUACAAGUCUCUAAAGCCUGGCGGCUGGGUCGAGCUGCAAGAACUUCGCUUUCAUCUUCAAUGUGACGACGGGACGAUGCCAGGACCUGAGCAGUACGGUUACGGCAAAUUUGUGGACCUCUGCAUGUCCGGGUUCCGAAGCUUCGGUAUCGAUCCGUUGAUGAUGGAGCGCAACCCUGAACUGUUGAGAAACUGCGGAUUCCAAAAUGUGACCGAAAAGGUGUGGAAGGUGCCUAUUGGAGUGUGGCCGAGGGACCAGAAGCUGAAGACUAUCGGGCUGUACAACCGCAGCAUGCUCAUUGAUGCAUUGCAAGCCGUCAGUAUGGCGCCCUUGACCAGAGGUCUGAAGUGGAGCGCGAGCGAGGUUGAGAUUUUCUUGAUUGACGUGAGGAAAAGCUUGAUGAAUACGUCGAUACACUCGUAUUUGACGUUUCAUGUUGUGUAUGGGCAGAAACCAGGAGGCCAGUUGUAG